AUGACAGACGACAGAGUCUACCCAGCUUCGAAACCUCCCGGCGUUGUCGGCGGCGGAGCAACCACCAAUCCUACUUUCCCGGCGAAUAAAGCUCAGCUCUACAGCGCUAAUCGCCCCGCUUAUCGUCCACCAGCCGGUCGCCGCCGUAGCCAUAGCCGUGGAUGUUGCUGCCGUUGCUGCUGCUGGACAAUUUUCGUAGUCAUCCUCUUAGUCCUCAUCGUCGCCGCCGUAUCUGCCGUCGUAUACCUAAUCUACCGUCCUCAGCGGCCGAGCUUCACCGUCUCCUCCUUCAAAGUCUCGACUCUCAAUUUCACCUCCGCCACUCACCUCGCCACUGCCAUAUCCCUCUCCGUCAUCGCCAAAAACCCCAACAAAAACGUCGGGUUCAACUACGACGAUACCGACAUCACAAUCUACAGAAUCUCCCCAGGAGAUGAUGAGGUCGUCAUCGGUAAAGGCUCGAUCGCGUCGUUUGUCCACGGUAAGAAGAACACGACUCUGCUCAGAUCUACGAUCGGAAGUCCUCCGGGAGAUCUCGACGAGCUCUCGGCGAGUAACCUUAAGGGAGAUUUGAAGGCGAAGAAAGGAGUGGCGAUUAAGAUUGUUCUUAGCACGAAGGUGAAAGUGAAGAUGGGAUCUAUGAGAACCCCUAAAUCAGGAAUAAGGGUCACUUGUGAAGGGAUUAAAGCGGUGGCUCCGACCGGAAAGAAGGCGACGACGGCUACUACCUCCGCCGCUAAGUGUAAGGUUGACCUCAGGUUCAAGAUCUGGAAAAUCACCUUCUAA